UCAUCAUGGCUGCCCAGUGGCCGGAGUGUGUGAGGAGUGUGAAGGGGGUGAUUUUAGACAUGUGUGGAGUUUUAUACGACAGCGGAGAAGGAGGAGGAGUGCCGAUUGAAGGCUCUGUGGAGGCCGUCAGAAGGUUAAAAUCCUCACACCUGCAGCUACGCUUCUGUACCAAUGAAACCCAGGCAACGCGAGAGAAAUUUGUAGCGAAGCUUCAGCGUAUGGGCUUCAACAUCGACGUUGGAGAAGUUUUCUCCCCUGCUCCGGCUGUCGUGUCCAUCCUAAAGGAGCGCUGCCUCCGACCCCACCUGCUAGUGCAUGAUGAUUUGCUACCAGAGUUUGACAGCGUGGAUAAAACGGAUCCAAACUGUGUGGUGAUUGGAGAUGCUGCUGAUAAUUUCUCUUACCAGAAAAUGAAUGCUGCAUUUCAUGUUCUCAUCUCACUGGACAGACCCCUGCUCUUCUCUAUGGGCAGAGGACGUUAUUAUAAGGAGACGGAUGGCCUGAAGUUGGAUGUUGGAGCGUAUAUGAAAGCUCUAGAGUAUGCAUGUGAUUUGGAGGCAGAGGUGGUGGGCAAACCUGCACCCAUGUUCUUCCAGAGUGUUCUCAAUGACAUGGGCAUCCAACCCCACGAGGUGUUGAUGAUCGGUGAUGAUCUGGUGAAUGAUGUGGGAGGAGCUCAGCAGUGUGGGCUGAAGGGUGUUCAGGUCCGGACGGGUAAAUACAGGCCAAGUGAUGAGAGACAUCCUACGGUUGCUGCUGAUGGAUACGUGGACAAUCUGGCCUGUGCUGUGGACGCCAUACUGAAACACUGCAGCGUUUAGAAACGAACUCGUCCCUGAUCUCAGACCUCCUCAUCUCAUCUCAUCUCAUUAUCUCUAGCUGCUUUAUCCUGUUCUACAGGGUCGCAGGCAAGCUGGAGCCUAUCCCAGCUGACUACUGACUGGAUAUUUUUUCCCAAUAAAAUGCAAUGAAAACAAAAA